GUUUCCACCAACGCGCUGUGUGGAAUGGAGGUCGAGAAUUGGGACGACCUCGACGCCGACGUUGUCGCGGCGGCGGAUGCGGCCAUUUCUGACAACUACGAUAUCACUGUAGCGAAUAUCAUGGCCACGUUUGACUUGGCCACCAAGAUUGAUCUCAAGCACCUCGUGUUGAAUGCGCGAAACGUCGAGUUCAACCCUCGUAAAUUCCAAGGAGCAAUCAUGCGAUUGCGGGAACCAAAGUCCACAUGCAUCAUCUUUAGCACGGGCAAGGUUGUCGUGGUGGGUAUGAAGGCCGUUCCCGACUUGGAGAUCGUAGCACGCAAAGUCGAGAGCAUUGCGCAGAAAGUCGGGUUCAGGGAUGCGGCUGCGCAGUCCCUGUCAGUUCGAAACAUCACAGCCUCCGCUAAAGCACCGUAUCCGAUCCGUCUGGAAGGCUUGUUGAAUGAACAUACAAGGUUUUGCACAUACGAGCCAGAACUCUUCCCAGCCCUGUACUACCGCAUGAAGGAGCCGAAUUUGUGCUUUGUUGUCUUUGUCACAGGGAAGGUGGUUGUAUGUGGAGCCAAGGUAAGCAGUCCAUGUGUCAUGGAUCGAUGGUCCCCUCAAGUUUCUAGCAGACGAUCGAAGAAAUCAUCCACGGCUUCUCCAACCUCAUGCCAGUUCUCAUGCAGCACCGACCCCAUCACACGGCAACUCUCCAUUAACUUAAUCAAACUAUCUAUAUCACGCGCAGAAGAUUUAAGAGGCUGGGCGUCGGUGGCACUUGGUGCAGCAUGACCAUGUCAUGUGGCAGGUGAGGUUUCACCGGAACA